AGGUACAGCGGCGCCGGCUUCUUUCUCCCUUGGUCUUUCUUCUGCCCUUCUCAAGCAAAUCCGUUCGUCGGGAGUGAACGUUUCAUCACGGCAUUCACAGCGCGCGAGACGCAAAAGGGGUGGAACCCACGUAUCGCGCAACGAGUGGGGUGGCGUAGGAGUGGCCUCACGUAAGCUAGAGUCCGCCCCCUUGGCGACGUUGCCGCUGAUCUCAGUUUCGUCGCCAGGCGGCGCUGCCAAACACUGAGACUGGACUCGACCUUGCCGGUACCCUCACUCCGUAUCGCGGCUCCGGCUCGUUGGAACCGUUUGGACUUACCUUGGCGCAGCAGAGUCGUUCCUCGUCUCAUGCGCAUCAAGCUCCGUUCGUCGUCGCGUUUCUUCACGGAGCACAUGGUCCCGGAAGAUCACUCUAUACUGGACGUUCCUGCGGGAGUAAAGGAACAAUUACGAAUGGGUGAUCCUUCGUCAGUGUGAUCAGUGGGGAAUUGAUUGAGUGCGGGUGCGUGAACGAUUAAUUUGGUGUUUUUUUUUGUCGUCGCUCGUCGUAGUGCGCCGAUAUGGAGUAUGGACCGCGAAGUACAAAUUGGAUUGUCGAUGAUAUCGGUACAACAAUAAUAACGGACUUCAGUGCUAAUCUGUGAAGUGACAUGGGUGUUACUUGCGUAUGAUUGUUCGUGGACUGUUGUCGACUUAGUUAAAGAAUCGCGAGAUGCACCCGUGAGGGCUCCUCCCUCGACUAUUCUCGAAGGUGUCACGGAGGGAUUCAACCCCCUACAUUAGUGUCGUGAUAUUGGGAGUGUUGCGAGGGGAAUAUAACGUAAGAGAGGAGAGGACGAGGGUGGACGAGCGUAGUAGAGGUGGAAGGAAGAGAAGACCUGAGUCACAGCGGACGCCAUCUCCGCGUUAUCGGCAAGCGGACCCCUCGGGACUCCCCCCCGAGUAACAUCGGCGUCGCGCACCCUCAGCGGGAACUACCCCGCGACAGCGGCCACACUGAUGGGAGUGUAUGAGGAGCGCGCCCCUCCUACCACCGGCAUGCACUGGCAGCCGCCCAGCUCGCAGGAGCGUGGCAGCGGCUUGGCUGUGGGGCGCCAGGGGGGACCCGGUAGCACGGGGGGGCCCGGUGCGGUGGAUCAGGCGAGGGAUUUGAGUCCCUGCCUUCCUGCGUCGAUGGGCGAUGCUGCACGACCUACUACUCUACCGUGCAGUCCUCCUGCUGCCCAUCAUCACGGGUCCCAUCAUACGCCCCUGCAUCAGACCCACUGUGGCACCAAUAACAACUGUUACGACGGCUCGACUACCCCUUAUGAGUCGAGGGAUUACGAUUCACCCGGAGCAGGCGGGCAAGAAUACAGGGGCAGUGGUGGAAACUUCGAGAAUGCCAAUGAUCUAAGCAUGCCAUCGCAAACAGCGCAUCACCAUCAUCAUCACCACCAUCAUCAUCAUCAUCAUCCCCAUCUGCAUCCGCAGGCUCAGGACCAACAAACCACGACAGACCACUUGCAUGCCAUCCCGAAGCUGGAACCGCCGCCUACGCCGCCCUCGCAAUCCGAAGAUGUCCCGGGGAAUGUAGUUUGCGCGGGAUGCGGUCUCAAAAUAUCAGAUAGGUUCUACCUCCAGGCAGUCGACAAGAGGUGGCACGCUGCGUGCCUCCAGUGCUCGCACUGUCGUCAGGGUCUCGAUGGGGAGGUCACCUGCUUUAGCAGAGACGGCAAUAUCUACUGCAAAAAGGACUAUUAUCGGAUGUUCGGCAGCAUGAAGCGAUGCGCGCGUUGCCAAGCGGCAAUUCUCGCGUCCGAGCUGGUGAUGCGCGCGCGCGAGCUCGUUUUUCACGUGCGGUGCUUUUCAUGUGCGGCGUGCGCCGUGCUCUUGAUGAAGGGUGACCAUUUCGGCAUGAGGGACGGCGCCGUGCUCUGUCGGCUGCACUACGAGAUGGGCGCCGAACUGCAUCCGGCCCAGAGUCCGCCGGUCCCGGUCUAUCCACCCGGACCACACUAUCCCGGCCAGCCCUUCCCCUCGCCCGAGUUCCUCCAUCAUCAUCAUCAUCACGCGCCAUCGCACCCUCAUCACUCGAUGCACCCCCAACACCCACAUAGUCACGUCAGUCCGGUGCCACUGCAACCCUCCACGCCUUCCGUCCCCGAUGCUUCUUCGCCCCCAAAGGUGCCCUACUUCAAUGGCGCCGCCGCCGUGGUCCCACCGCCCAGACAGAAGGGUAGACCCAGGAAGAGGAAGCCUAAGGAUCUUGAAGCUAUGACUGCGAGUCUUGACCUAAACGCGGAUUACAUAGACAUGCCCUUCGGCAGAGGAGGCCCCGGAACCCCCGGCAUGCCCGGCUCCAACAGCAGGACAAAGCGGAUGAGAACAAGCUUUAAGCAUCACCAGUUAAGGACGAUGAAGAGCUAUUUCGCGAUCAAUCACAAUCCCGAUGCGAAGGAUCUCAAGCAGCUUUCCCAGAAAACUGGCUUGCCGAAAAGGGUGUUGCAGGUCUGGUUCCAGAAUGCGCGAGCAAAAUGGCGGCGUAUGGUACUAAAGCAGGAGGGCAAGUCCGACAAGUGCGACGGCGGAGUGGACGGCGGUAAUCUCGGUGACCUUGAGCUCUACGGGAACAGCACCGGAAGGGGCGGGCCGCCGGUGAGUCCGCCCUUCAUGCUCGGCGGUCCCCACAGUCCUGCGUCUUUGGCGUCCCUGGACUGCGCGUGAUCCUUGACGUCCGAGUUCGUGCUUUCUAGUUAGCGCGUCGCACAUCCUCGUCUUGCGACAGGACAUCGAUAUUGGGACGUGCACCCUUACGGACGUGAGUGAAAUCGUUGGCGAGUGCGUGAAAACAAUGAAUUGUGAAUAGUCGGUGAGCGUGUAAAAAGCAAAGAGGAAUAACUUUUCCGCGAACGAAAAUUUGCGGACGGAUUAGCGAAGACCACUCGUGGAGCAAGACUCGAGGAGUGCAUUUUUUUUUUAGAGCACUGAUUUUUUUCUGUCGAAUUGAGAGUUCUCUUUCGAUGGACGAAACAUAUGAAAAGUUUAUUUCUUGUUAUCCUCCCGCAAGUCGAAAAUGAACUUCUCGAGGCCCUCGCUUCGAAUCAAGAUGAUAUAUGUAAAAUUUGACGCGCUGACGCAUGAAUCCAUUUAAUUGAUAAAAUCGUUGUAUUUAUUGUAGCUCGAAUUGCGGCGCUCCGCCGCGAAACACUAAAGUCGUUCGUUGAGGGCAAUGUAAUUAGUAAACGAGAUUUAUUUAUUCGCCUAAGUCUAACUAAAAAUCGCGAACAUUACCAGUGCUGUGAAAAUUCUGCGUUUCGCGAGUUCUCAAACAGUUGUCGGUUGCUGUCAUCUGACAACGAAUGAAACUCUCGCGCGGUCUUUCAUUUAUUAUACGUUUGAAGGACAUUAAUUGUUACAUUGGUCGACGAAACGAUUUAUUGAAUUACUGAUUAUUUGAUAUUUUUUAACUUCACCGUAUGCGUAUCUUGUCAUUCCUGUGUGAGAAUCUCAUUUUUUAAUUCUUUAAUCACAAUCGAUAUUCGUGAGUCCACACUCGGACAUUUCUUUUAACUAUGUUGCGAAAAAUUGUUUAUAAUAAAUGUUUUUCAUACAACCUUACAUCCCAUAUAGGGUCUUCAGCAGUUACAACGAAACCCUUGCUUAGCCAUUCUAUGAUUGUCAACUGACGGCUAAGGUUCUGUCAACCAGUACUGGAUCAUUAUUGGCAAAUAAUUCACUGUCAAAUGAUGGCUAAAAUUCUGUUAGCCAUCACAGUCUAAUAACUAGCUGACAAAUGACGGCCAAAGUUUUGUCAACCAGUACUGGGCCAUCACUGGCAAAUGACUAACUAAAAUGACUAGUCCCAAGUUAUCGUCCAGUACUUAGUCAGUACUGUGUAAUUUGCCAAUACCUGGGCAGUACUUGAACUGGCCAUCAAUAAGUAAUAGUCCAGCAUAGGCUGAUUAUAAAACUCUAUAUGGGAUAAUUUUAAAUCAUGUAAUCUUAUAUUCCUCAAACCUUUAAAAUGAAUAAAAAAUAUUUAAUUACGUUUAAUUUAAGCAAAGAUACAUUAAUUUAAAAUAUGUAGGACCUGUGAAUACAAAUUAAGCAAAUUUCGAAGCGAAUACGAAUUAGGAUUAAUCAAAUUGAUUACUACAGAGAAAGAAUGGUUUUGCUGAUCAAAAAAUCUAGAUACAGAUUUGAGAACAAUUUGUUGGACUAUCAGAAUAAUUAUGUAAGGCAUUAAUUUGCUAGAAUAUAUUGCUAGAAUAUCGAAACUUUUUAUAGUUUGAACUUUCUGAUGAUCGAAUAAUUAUUUUCAGAUUUGUGUAUCCAACAAAAAUUUUAAACACUUUAAUAAAACUAUUCGUUCCGUAUGCUGAUCUGUCGAAAUAAUCGAGAUUUACGUUUUUCUCUAAAAACAGAUACUUGUACCAUCAAAAUUGAAUAAACGCAGCCGAAUACUUUUAGAAAUUAAUUGAUACUCCAUAUAGAAUGCUCGAGCGAAACGCUGAAUUUUGACGAGAGGAUAAUAUUAAUUAUUUAUAAAAGAAAGAACGAGCAGCGAACGCGCGUUAUUGUAAUUGUACAAUAUUGCUCAAGAUCAGACCGCGACAAACCCAUAAGAAGCAACCAUAAAAGCUCCAUGGUUCGACCUGGUUAUUACUGUAAAUAAAGAACGUUCCUCGCGCGUUUUUUUAAGGCAUCGUUAUAGGUUGUAGGGCCCUAUUAAUUGCAUUCGGUAGCGGUCGUACUUCUCUAGGCGAGAGGUAAAAAUAAUAGUAAAUGAAGAUACGCAGAACACUACUGUUAUUAUUGCUCCUACUACAAUAUUAGUCCUCCUUGUAACGAAUUGCGGAAGAAUUGUCCAACUUUUGCAACAUCAUUUUUUCAUUGAAUAUAUUUUGACAAUAUA